AUGGCCACAACUUCUUCCAGCUCCAAAAGGCACCCAAUGUAUCGCGGAAUCCGGUGCCGUGGUGGCAAGUGGGUGUCUGAAAUCCGGGAGCCACGCAAAACCACUCGUAUUUGGCUUGGCACAUUCCCAAAGCCGGAGAUGGCAGCAGCCGCCUAUGAUGUGGCAGCCCUAGCCCUAAAAGGUGAUGAAGCAGUUCUUAAUUUCCCAAGUUCUGUGGGGACUUAUCCUGUGCCUGCUUCAGCAUCAUCCGUUGAUAUUCGUAAUGCAGCUACUGCUGCUGCUGCAUUAAAAGAAGCUGAACUAAGCUACAAUGAAGCAUUAGUUGACCAACAUAGAAAUGACCACCCCAUUGGGGCGUAUUUGGGAUCAAGUGGAGAAGAAUUUGUCGAUGAGGAGGCACUGUUUGAUAUGCCGAAUUUUCUGGUGGACAUGGCAGGAGGAAUGCUGCUUUCACCACCAAGAAUAACUUCGCCGCCAUCUGAUGGCUCACAGGGAACUUCGGAUGGUGAAAAUGCAAAUAGGUUGAUUGGUAGGAGAUUUACCGAUGCUUCAAUCCGAGAGAGUAUCUUUGAAGUGAAAUCCAUUGCUAGAGAAACCCAUCUUAGAGGUGAGGAUUUUGAUAAUAGAAUUGUGAACCACUUUGUUCAAGAAUUUGAGAAGAAGAAUAAAAAGGAUAUUAGUGGAAAUCCUGAGAGCACUUAG